AUGAAUAGCAGUAUUCAAGAUAAUACUGAUAAUGCUGAUAAUACUGAUACUAAUAGUGGUACUAAUUCUGAACUGAUGAAUUGUUCUUAUGAUGAAAAACAAAUAUUUUCGGAGACAAAUAAUGAUGAUGAAAAUUGUUCAACUCUUCAACAAGCUGGCAAUGUUAUUGAAUCAGAAGAUAAUGAUGACAACAGUUUAACUGUUGCUGCUGCUGAACAACUAUUAAACAAAAUGGAAGAUGAUAUUAAUGAAGGUAUUGAGACAAUUAAUCAAUCUUUGGAAGGCAUUGAUUGUUGUACAACUAUUCAACAAUCAAUUGAUCUGCCAUCAACAAGUAAUGCUGCCAAUUGUACCACUAUUAACAUGAACAAUGAUAAGUCCUUCUUCCAUCAUCGUGAUGAUGAUGAUGAUGUAAUAACAUGUACUGAAAAGAAUGAAAGCAAUUGUACAAUAGAACAAAAAGAUCAUCAAGGAAAUAAGAGAAAACAUGAAGGUUGUCUUGAUAAUCUUCCAAAGAAAAGUAAGGUUGAACAUAAUUCUAAUAGGACAAUUGCUUCCUUAUUGAAAAUUGAUAAAAAUCCUGCCAAGUACAUUGUUCCAUUACUUCAACAGACUAAUGCAGAGAAAUAUCAUACUGGAUGUGUAAAUGAAGUAUUGAGCUAUUUGAACAAAUUUUCCAACGGAAUAUCAGAAGAUGAAAUUAUCAAUACUGACACAUUGGAUGAAUAUCAAGAUAAUGAUACUAAAAUUUGGCAUGCUGAGAAGAUUGGUGAGGGAUCAUUUGGAUGUGUUUUGAGAGUUACAAAGAGAAAUGAGUCAACACUUAAAAAUGAAUUUGUACGAGUUGUCAAAAUCAUUCCAAAUGCAACUAUGGGAGUGAGUGAAGCUGUUAAGGGUGCCAGAUUAACACAUCCAAAUGUUGUCAAAGUACAUCAUGCCAUGUUGAUUAGAUAUAUUUGUUGCAUUGAAAUGGAAUAUAUUGAAGGAGGUAGUUUAGCAAACUAUAUCAAAUUUAAUUGUAAAAAGUUUACUAUUCACAAAGACACUGUGAAGAAUAUGUUAUUUCAAUGUUUGGAAGUAUUAUUAUUAAUGAAACAACAUGAAAUUGUACACUCAGAUAUUAAGCCAGAUAAUAUUAUGGUAAGAGAAUCAUUUGAUAUAGCAAUUGGUGAUUUUGGAGUUUCUUUACAAAAUCAAACCAUGUCAAGUCAAACAUUAGGUGGUUCAAAACGAUAUAUGGAACCUAAAUUGAAGGCAAAUUUUAAUACUGAUGAAUUUAAACCAGAUUUUAGUACUGAUUUGUAUUCUCUUGGAAUGACAUUUGAGGAAUUGAUUGCUAAUUCUCCUAGAAAUAACAAGGUUCAUGAAUGUAUUCAGGGUUUGAAAUCAAAAGAUUCAUCACAAAGAAUUAAAGCAUGUUAUGAAUUCGCUUCUGAGAUCAUUGUUAAAGAGAAUAGGAAUUUUAAUAAUAUUUGGUUCAAUGAGGAAGAAAUGAAACCUCACUUGAGAGAAUUGAGGAAACAAUUAAUAUUGGAAGAAAUGACAUCUUACAAAGACUUUAAGAAAGCAACAAAAAAUGAUCCUUCAUUAUUGAGUGAAAAACAAUUCAUAUUGAAUGCACUUUGUAAAAUACAUGAAUGGGAAAUUAUAACACUCAUUGAUGAUUCAUUGAAGAGUGAUAAGGAAAUUGUCAUGACUGCUAUUAAGGAAAGAGGAAGCAGUGCUGUUCAGGAUGUACUUGAAGAGUUAGACCCCUACUAUGUAUUAUCAGAUGAAAAGUGCCUAAAUCAGAUCUCAGAAAUACUAGCAGAUGAUCCUGAAAGUAAAUAUGAGAUUAGUGAAAUGUAUGGAAUUGAUUUUAGUGAUGAAGAAGAUAUGGACAAUUCAGAUAAUGAUGAUGAUGAUGAUGAGAACUCAGAUUAA